AAAUCAAAGUCAAAAAUUACAAUAUCAAAAACAUGUUCAAAUUAAUGAAAUCUGAACAAACAUAAAAACGAUUAAACAAAAAUAAUAAAACAGAAAGCUAUAACAUUAAAAACAUUAAAAAUAGGAGAAUUAAAAUAAGGCGCAAUUGAUCAUAAUGCGAUCCGCGAUAAACAAAGAAUCACUUAGCAACCGUAUCCGAAAUAUGCUCGAUACGCAAAAAGCCUCCUGAAUUCCCAUUCAAUGAACCAGUGUUUCCAAUGCCAAGUUCAUCCAUUCAGGUUGCAUUGUUUUCAUUCUGUAUGUUACAUUUGCUCCAUUACUAUCGAGCAUAAAAAUGCAUUUCCGAGAGCAUGCUCAAUGUUUCCAUUCUCCCGCGAUUACUCCUUUUUUCACACUGGUAUAGAAGUAGUCGCUCUUUAGUACAACACGGCAAAAACAUGCGAACGAUUUUGCCGCGGUACAGUUGUACUAAAAACUCGAACUCCCGAACGCAACACAAGAGAUCGGUUGAUCGGUUCAGGUACGACUGCAUAAAGUGCGUGAGAGAAACGAAUUUGCUCCCGCGAACACCCGCGAGCCCGAGCGUUAGGAGAGUUAGCGCGAGAACGCAUUUUGAACCGCAGCAGACUGGGUAGCGCAACCAGCAUCGGGACGGGCCGCAUCCACACACAGUGCUGUUUAAAUGCUCACGCGCUUCGGUUCGGGGCUUCGGUUCGGUGUGCAUUUCUGCCAGCCACAGACGGGACGGCUAGUUUAAAACGCGUCUCGGUAGCACCGUACUAGCGGGCAUUGUGUGCGUGUUACGUGUUGCAGUGGUUUCUUUCUCGUUAAUUUUUAACACCCGUGCGGCCAGUAGUGAAGUCCUUCCUGUGGUAGGAAAAAAUAUUCGUAUGUGUGUACAGGGCAAGGACAAAGGGUUCUAGAAUCGAGCCUGAAAUGUCCCGAAGUUAGCUCAAGGGUAUCGUUUCCGUACCGUAAUCGUAAUUGGUGAGUUUUGUGGUAAGAGCAUUGUUGUGAGUUUUUCAUUUCGGGCUAGUGAACCGGCAUGCGGGUAUUCGAACGUUGUAGGAAAACCAGCAGCUGAUACAAAGCGCUUCAAUGAUAAGUGCAAAAAAAGUUAUGUGAAUAAUAGGAAAUGUGUGUUCAGUGUUAUGAACGAUGGUUGAGUGUUGGUUAAAUUGAAUAAAGAAUAAAUAUUGAAACCGUUUAUUAAAAGAAAACAAGUCCGAUCAAUAUCCAGUGUAGUGUUUGUGCAGUAGUGGUGAGAUGCAAAACCAAAAGUCCUUAAACCUCAGUUCCAAAGAAAUUGUGCAAAGCUAGUGUGUUUUUACUUUUUGAGUUUCUUUUGUUUGCAUUUUAUUCCGUGAAAGGGUGGAAGGAAAAAGAAAAUCAUUUUUCCCACGCAGCUUUAUGGCACGUGCGCUGAAGAGAUGCAGUGAAAGUGGUUGGUGGAAGUGAUAGAUUUAAAGAAAGCAUAUAAAGUGGCAAAUAUGGUGGCCAAAUACGUGACAAAAGUGCACCACCGUCCGUCAGCAGCGGUACUUUGGAGGUGUUUUGCAACGAAAACGUUACUGCUGCUAGUGAUUGUGGUCACCGGAAGGAUAAACCUAACCACGGCCAGUUCCAUCAUUGGCGAUGAAAAUGGUCCACUAAUAGAGGUCCAAACGGCGGUCGGAUUGGACGUCUCCUUGCCGUGCGAUUUGCUGCCAACGACCAUGACCAUGAUGACGGACAAGGUCUACCUGGUCAUCUGGUACAAGGAGGGCAACACGAAGCCAAUUUACUCCUUCGAUGCACGGGGUAAGAGCCUUCAGCAAGCCAUCCACUGGUCGGAUGAGGCGGUGCUCAAAUCCAAGGCAUACUUCUACUACGAUACCAGCCCACCGGCCCUGCGGAUCAAGGGCGUCAAGCAGGAGGAUGCUGGCCUGUACAGAUGCCGGGUGGAUUUCCACAAAUCGCCCACGAAAAACUGCCGGAUCGAUCUGGAUGUGCUCGUACCACCGACGAAGCUAACCAUCCUGGAUGAGCUGGGGGCGGCCGUACUGAACAACGUCGUCGGACCGUACCGGGAGAAUGCGGACAUUAAUCUGACCUGCAUCUCGAGCGGUGGCCAACCGGCACCGAAGGUAACCUGGUGGCGGGAGCAUGCUCUGCUGGACGAUUCCUACCUCGUGCUGCCGGACGGUACGGUUAAGAAUGUCCUCUAUCUGGAGAAGCUGUCACGCCACGAUCUACACUCGGUUUAUACGUGCCAAGCAAGCAACGGUCACGUCGUGCCACCACUUUCCAGUGCCGUCAAGUUGGACAUGAAGCUGCCACCCCUGUACGUGCGUAUGCAGGGCCUACGCGAAACGUUAACGGCGGGCGUCAAGACGCAAGUAUCCUGCAUCACGGCCGGCAGCCGACCGGCACCGAGCGUUGUCUGGACGAAAGGAUCAUCCGUCAUCCGUGGCUCAUCACAAACGACUUCCAACGACGGAAAUGUCACCGUCUCGGAGUUGGUGUUCGUGCCCGGUCCGGAGGAUAAUGAAAAAUCAAUUACAUGCUCAAUUAGCUACAGUGAAGGCGACGGGCCAACGGUACUGCUGAAGGAUACCCACGUGCUGAACGUCAAGCACGUUCCGGUGAUAUCACUUGCGCUUGGUGCGCCGCUAAACUCUCAAAACCUGAUGGAGGGUUCGGACGUGUAUCUCGAGUGCGACAUCAAGGCAAACCCACCGGUGAAGAAAAUCGAAUGGUUUCACAAUAACAAGCUUCUUCAGUCAGCUCGCGGAAUCAUCGUUUCCAAUCAGACGCUCGUCCUGCAAAGUAUCACAAAGUCCACCCAUGGCGAAUACAUGUGCCGUGCCUCGAACAGUGAAGGCACCGUCAACAGUAAUCAGCUCUAUUUGGAUAUCAAAUAUCCACCGGUAUGCAAAUCGGAAGCGCAAAUAAUCCGUGCCGCGGUAAAACAAACGGUGAACAUAACCUGCGAUAUAGACGCCAACCCGAUGCCAAAUCUGUUGUUCCGAUGGCAGUUUAACAACUCGCUCGAAAGCAUGCUCGAACUGCCCCCGUACACGAACGUCGAGUCGGAAGCAGCUAACCUGGCACUGGCCGAGAUUGACCUCGAGACGAAUCACAUGGGCCCGAGCAUAGAGGAGAUGGUGCGUAAGAAGCUGGAGCGGCUGGAACACUCCGUACGACAGCAGCAGCAGCAGCAGCAACAACACCAUCAUCAACUGCUGCAUUUGGGUUCGCAUAAAGAGGAGGUACCGUUGGUCGAUGGCCAGCUGUAUAUGUAUCGGGUGGAUACGUUCAACAGCUUCGGUACGAUCACCUGCACGGCAACAAAUUCCUACGGUCAGAGUGGUCACUGUGCUUAUCACAUACUCGUCGCCGAUGUUCCCGAUCCCAUCAAGAGCUGCACCGUAUCGAAUGUGACCGCGUACACGGUACACAUAUCCUGUGUGGCCGGCAAGGACGGUGGAAUACCUCAACAGUUUCACAUCGACGUGUUUGAGGAAUCGAAACGCAAGCUGCUACAAAGCAUCAGCUACCAGAGCCCCGAGAUGCUGCUGAAGAAGCUGCCAAGUGACACGAAGUUCAUCAUCAAGAUUACGCCCUAUAACCUGCAAGGUACGGCACCGACAAGCUACCGGGUGAAGGCACAGACACUACCGGCGCCACUGUUGCGAACAGCUCCAUCGAAGGCCGUGCUCGUGCAGCUAACGCCUCUGCUGGGGGCUCUCGUCGGGGCAGCCGUGACACUCUGCCUGGUCGCACUGUGCAUCAUCGUUUUCGUAAAGUUCAAAACGAAGAAAAAACAUCACCAAACGGCAAAUACGGAACAGGACAAGGGUAGUGCGGAACCGCUCAGCCGCAACAUCGGUAGUCACUCGAGCAUCGACGACAAGAACCCGGACGUGAUACCGCACGAAAACAGUGAGGACGACGAUGAGAAGCAGUUCGAGCGGUUAGCACUGAACGCGGAUGGGCUCAAGUUUGCUGGUCACACGACCACAGGUACCACGACCGGUGCAUACUCACCCACCCAUCAUCACUUGAUGUCACCCAGUGGGAACGGCUUCAAGAAGUUUGGCGAACUUUCGCUCACCACCAAUCCGGGUUACGCGAUAUAUAGCUCACCGAUGCGUAGCUACGGUAAGCCGAGUCCUGGCCAGCAGCUUGGUUCGCUGUUGCUUUCCACCACGACCGGUCCACUGGGCACUACCACCACAACCACGAGUGCCCCGACGGGGACGAACCUGCUGCUAGCGUCCGGUGCACCGGGAGCCGUCGUCACUACGCUGCCGACGCGCACCUCACCCAAUAUCUACACAAGACUGCCACUGCGAGACUUUACGCCGAACAGCUACGACAGCAUGCUCAGCACAUCGCAGACCACCUCCUGUUCGUCGUCGUCGAACGGUGGGUACGCAACGUCACAGAUCUACACCGCCAAGAUGCCACUGCUGACGACCAACUAUACCGCACUGGAUGGUACGGGGCCCGGUCUAGGGCUCGGGACGGACAAGUGUUGAUAGUGUUUACCGGUGCAAAGGUAAGCCAGGUAGCGAUGUAGUUAGCGAUGAUGUUAAGCGAAUCUUCUACCGAAGCAUCCCGCUGAAAAUCUUGUUCGACGUAACCGUGGUACGUUUACGCCAUUCGUCGUUCGAGUGUGUCGGUGCUAAACUAAACUGAACAUUGCUUUCGAUUAUGCUACCAUUCCUGUGUUGGUGGUUAAGUUUUUUUUAUUGCUAAAAGCGCUUCCUUUAUACGCGGAUCUUAAAUCGAAGGUGUAGGAAUUGCAUCGAUCAAGAUGCAAAUUAUCACAACAAAGAUGUGCCAUUUGCGGAAUGCAAGCGAGUAAGAGAGAGAGAGAGAGAGAGAGAGAGAGAGAGAGAGAGAGAGGGAGAAGCAAGAAAACAAAUCAAAUCUGUUGGCAAACAGGGUAUUCAAGCAAAAGAUAAAUAUUCAAACACUGGCCCAACGACGCUCUAUAGUUUGACGCUUUUCCACUAUUCCAGCAGCUCUAAUGUUCAAGCUCCAAGUUAUAAGUUUAAGCUCCAUGUUACAAGUUUGAAGGAGAUUUUAAUUUACCAAACUAACAACAAAACCUACACGUGUUUCUGACACGGUUUCAAGCACAAUUAGGACCGAUCGUAAUCUGAAUAUUAGUUUAGUUUUGCCCCGAAGAGGAAUAUUAUGAAACUUACACUACAUUGUUUGCUAUUGAAGCAACAUCAUAAUUUUAAUUUUACACUCUUUUAUGUAUGCGAACAGAAUGCUACUUUUGUUUACUUAUCCGAGCAACAAUACGUGUCAGUGAGCGUACUAUGGAAUGAUGAACUGAGAGUGAACAAGAAUCACUAUUAAAGGUACUCUCUACAAACAAGUACACACGCAUGAUCGGGUUUAUCAUCACUCGAUUGUUCAAAUUCCCUGACAACACUACAAUGUGCGGAAAGUUACACCAGCACGGUGUUACACCAAUCCAGAAAUGAAUUCAUUUCACAUAAUGGUCCUGUACGGAACGCGCAGUAUUUCUGCUCGUGCAGGGUAAUAGUGGUUGCAUUAUUUAUACCGCUUCGAUUACCGUCGAAUCGUCGCUACCCCGCCGAUUCUCUCCCUCUCUUUCACUUCCCUUCCCGCUUGGGUGCUACCACCAAUCAGGUCCAUUAGUGGAAAGCGUACAACCUUAAUUGGGAAACUGUUGAAUCACGUUUGCUGUUUGUCUGUUAUGAGGUGAAGAGGUUCUUGUGUCAUUGCGAAAUAAAAAAAAAUCAGAAGUAUUAUUUAGUUAAAUUUUUAACUCCUCCCGUUCAGAGUUUAUUUACCAGUGGAUAGUAGUGUAAAGUAGACAAGUUGCAGAGCAAACAGGUGCAAAACGGUAUGUGAAUUAAGUGUAGGUUAAAAUAGCAAACAAAAACAACAGAAAAAUGCGAUUGACAAAAGCGGGAAGAUAUGCGUAUGGGGACAAUAAAAACAUAGCGCCCGCUGUGAGUUAUAACGAUAGUGUGUAAGUAUGAAAAGCGAAUGUUGUAAAUAACACACUGUACAUAUCUGGCAAUAGUCUAAAGAACAAAUUCGAAGAUAGAAGAAAAAAGGGAAUGUUUAAGCGGAAGAUAAAAAGAACAAAAAGCAAAACAGCAAACAAGGAGACAAGUAAAAGCCAACACAAAGCAAGCGAAACAGUGGAUGCGAACAGGACAAGGGAAACAAAUAAAUAGCUAAUGGUAAGAAAAGAGGUAGGUUAUGCAAAUUAUUUUCAAUUACUAAACAACGUGAUAUAGCAGCCGGAACACUACAAAACAAGAGUGAGUGCGUGAACAUAACAGCAAAAGAAAGGAAACCGAAACAUAACGAGUUAGCAAGAAAAACGGUCUAACAAUAUGAGUAAACACAAUAUCUUACAUUCAAGCAGGAAUGAAAUAAGUAAAAGCGCCACUACAUUGUAAAAUUACAAAAAAAUAGGCAAGGAAAAUGAAGAAAACAUCACAAGAGAGAAAAAAACAAGAACAACAGUGAAUUUGUCGUUCUUUUCGGGAGCAGAUGACUUUCGAAAGGCAACUAUUUUUUCAUUCAAUGUAUUGAUGUUUAUUGAAUGUUGACACAAAGUGAAACGACGAAAUAAAGCAAACAGAAAACACAUAAAAUGAGAAAUGCCAACAAAAUACAGACAAAAUUUUGUCCAAACGAAAUCGAAGUGAAAAUGUUCAUUAGUGCAGCAAACAGCAUGGAAACAAAAAAUAAACUACAUUAAUGCGAUUAAGCGCUGGAAUGUAGACAGAAAUGACAACAACCAAACAAAAACCAUUGUGCAGGGAUGAAAGGAUUCGUUAUGGAAAGUUCGUUUCCUUUUCUUUUUUGUAAAAUUGAACGAAUAAAACGAUGUACAAACAAACAGAA